GUCGCGCCGAUCGCGGCCGCGUCCCUUCAGCGCUGCCAUGUCCUUGUGGCUGGGGAAGCUGCGCCCUGCUGCGGCUGCCGCCGCCCGGGGCCGCCCGGGGAGCGCUGCGCUACCGGCGGCAAGAAUCCAUCUCAGCCCCAUGCAGAACCUGGAGUAUGGGUGGCUGGCUUAUAUGUUGGGAGACAGAGCUACAAAGAGGUUCACUGAAUACAGCAAGGUCUUUACAGUGGAGGGGAACUUAUCUUCUGGGAAGGGCAAGCUUGCACAACAGAUAGCAGAAAAACUAGGCAUGAAAUAUUUCCCGGAAGCUGACAUUCAUUACCUGAACAGGAUCACAGGAGAUGGAACACUGCUGCCUGAGAAGUUUAAUGGUUUCUGUAACCUGGAGAGGUUUUACAAUGACCCCAAAUGCUCUGAUGGACACUCAUAUCGGCUGCAGGCCUGGCUGUUUGGCAAUCGUGUUUUGCAGUAUGCUGAUGCCUUGGAGCAUCUGCUGAGCACAGGACAAGGUGUGGUGUUGGAGCGGUCUCCCUACAGUGACUUUGUGUUCCUGGAUGCAAUGUUCAAACAAGGCUAUAUCCACAAGCGAUGUCUUGAUCACUACAAGGAGAUCAAAGAGAUCAGCAUUUGUGAAUUCCUGCCGCCUCACUUGGUCAUUUAUAUAGAUGUACCCGUUCCAGAGGUACAGAAGAGGAUUCAAGAGGAAGGCGAGCCAUAUGAGAAAAAAGUGUCUCCUUCCUAUCUCCAGCACAUUGAGGAUGCUUACAAGAAAACCUUCUUACCAGAGAUCAGUGAGACCAGUGAAAUUCUGCAGUACACAGCAAGUGAGGCAGAGGAUGUGGAGAAGGUCGUUGAAGACAUCGAGUACCUGAAGUUUGACAAGGGGCCAUGGCUGGAGCAGGAUGAUGUUUCUUUCCAUCAUUUGAGACUUUAUGUUCAGGACAAAGAUGGAGUGCUGGAUCCUUCAGCUGUCCCCAUCUUAAUUCCAGAGACCACAAUUGGAGGCACUGAGUUUGAUAAGACCUACUAUGAGUAUCGCUCGCUUCCUGGUCGCAACUUCAGGCAAGGCUACAAUGCUGAUGUUGGUGACAAGUGGAUUUGGCUCAAGUGAAGUCAGCUCCCUUCAGACCCCUAACAGCAAUGGACCACAGCACUUGAGUGAAGCAGCCGAGUUCAGUGCGUGCCUGCUCUCCAUCAGUUGUGUAGCACGAAGAAAACACUGGUUAAAUCAUCUUCCAGUUUAGGAGAAUAAGCCCUUAGAAGGGGAAUCACUUUAUUCUGCUUUGUUCUUCCCUGAUGAAUUUGGGGUGCUUUGGAUGUUGGCUGGUUUAUGUGUGAUAGCAAAGUGAUCUGGGAUUACAGGGGCUGACUUGAGAUCAGCGCUGGACUUGCUCUUCAUCAAGGCUGUGAUUUAUUAUCCAGGAUUCUUGUUGUUUUGCUGAAUCAAAAGAAAUUAAACCUGUCUCUUCCUGGCUCUCACAAGUGAA